AUAUAAAUCAACAAUGGAGAAUACAUUGUGGGGAGAAGGAAAAACAACUAAUCAACUACCCGAAGUUGACCAAGAGUUAUUGAAACCUAAAAAUGUUGAUAAGUUAACACUUAAGUAUGAAAAUGCAGCUUUCGAGGAAUCGCAUCACGAGUCGUUUCUUAAUAGGACUUAUAACAUACCACGUGACACCUUAAUGGAAUCUCUACACGGUGUACUAAUUAGAUCACCUUCUCCAUUGGACUUAUCAAAGCUAUCAGACUCUGAGGAAGAUACAAAAAUAAUUCACCUAAAGUCGGAUCAAUGCCGAUUGUUAAUACGCCGAUCUCUAUCUAUCAUUUUACUGCAUGUAAACUUUAUGACAGCUACUGAAAACAGUCUUAGCGUUUUAACAGAUGUUCUAACAAUGUAUUUGGAACAAUUUGCAAAAAGAAUACGUUUAGCAAUUGAUCAAGAACUGUUAAAAGGAACAACAGGAUUUCCAAAUGUAUUGGAGAAAGCAUUUGCAGAAAUGAAAACUGGAGCUACACAAUUAAGAGAGCAUAUGAACGAAUGUCUAUCAAAAAAAUUAUCAUCGGAAGAUACGAAUCUAACAAAUACAGAUGGAGAGUCGCCUCAAUAUAUGUUCAAAACUAUCGACCAUAGUGAAAGUGACGCCGACGGUGCUUUAGAUAUAGUAGGGUUAGACUCAAGUAUGAAAUAA